GCUGACGCGUAACGUCAUCUGUGUGCGACUAACAGUGUUGCGAGCAGGCUGUAAAAUGGCGCCAUCUCCAACCAAGAGGAAGGAGGAUGACAAGAGUAAUCCGCGCGUAAAGGAUAAGUCAGGAGCCACCAAAGAAGGGGCUGACAAAAACCGCGGCCGUGAGAAGAACCGGACACGACGCGGUGCUUCCAGUGGGAGCAGCAGCUCCGGCAGCAGCUCAGGUUCCAGCUCCGGCUCCUCCAGCGGCUCCAGCUCCUCGGGCUCGUCCAGCUCCCGCUCCUCAUCCUCCUCCUCAUCCUCCUCGCCAAGCCCCAGCCGCCAGCGCCACAACAACAGACGGCGCUCACGCUCUAAGUCAAAAUCUGCCAAGAAGGAUGACAGGGACCGACGCCGUAGAAGUCCCACGCCCAAACCCACCAAGGUUUUCCUGGGCCGGCUGACGAGAAACAUCAUCAAGGAACACAUCCAGGAGAUUUUCUCCACCUAUGGAAAGAUCAAGAUGAUUGACAUGCCCGUGAACCGCACCCACCCUCACCUGUUUAAAGGCUACGCCUACGUGGAGUUUGAGAUGCCUGACGAUGCAGAGAAGGCCCUGAAACACAUGGACGGAGGUCAGAUUGACGGUCAGGAGAUCACAGUCUCCGCCGUGCUGACUCCCACAGUGCGCCUGCCCCCUCGCAGGAUGUCCCCCCCCCGCAGGAUGCCUCCCCCGCCCCCAAUGUGGCGGCGCACCCCACCUCGGAUGAGGCGAAGGUCUCGGUCUCCACGGCGACGCUCUCCCGUCCGGCGCAGGUCUCGAUCCCCCGGCCGCCGGCGUCACCGCUCCCGUUCCAGCUCCAACUCCUCGCGCUAAUGAUCGGCCAACCCCCGCCUCCCCCCCCCGCCUGGAUCGCUUCAUCUACCGUGUCCUUAAGAUCAGUGUGUCCAAGUAAAUAUGAGGGGCAAAGAUUCUUACGGUUAACUGUUAUAAACAAUGAAUGAUGAGUGUGCACUCAAUUUAUAAUGUCUCACUUGAGAUUUGUUUCAAACUGUUUUGAAACACUGGAUCAUGGUCUGUGUUAAAUGUGAAGCAUCAAACUCUAUGUGACGAAAGACUUCUUUGAGGAGUUCUGAAGCUAAAUGGUCUUUUACGUAAUCCACGACUGGUGGUGGAGAAGAACGGAGAAAUCAAUUUAUAAUGAUAAACAUAAAGUCCUGUAUUUAGAAUUGUUAGAUUUACUGAACACAUUUCGUAUAGAACUACCUUCAAUGGUUUGUAUAGAUGGUGAAUAUGGUUUUUCAUCGGAGAAUAUGAAGUUAAUUUGAUAAAAAAAAAUUGUGAUUACAUUUACUUAUGGAUUAACCCACACUAAUACCAAUAUAACUUUGGCAAUGAAUUAAUAUUGCGGUUAUUAGUAUAGGCCUCCUUUGAGGUAGGGUCAUACAUUUUUUUCUGAAACAAUUGAAAUCUUCUUCACGUCUUACUAGCCAGAAAUAAAUUUAGUUUUCUCUAUUGGUGGCACUUUCCACUCAGGAUAUUUUUUUUCUAGAACAUGCAAACAAUAAGGGACAAGUGACAGAUCAGACUAAUGAUUAAACGAUACUGUUUUAAUGUCAACUGUUCUCGGAAAUCCCGCCAACAGCUCCCAUUAACCCCUCCACCAGGGGUCACUAGACUAUGAUUCCAAUAAUAUUCAAUCUGAAUUAAACUGCCUGUGACGGAAUGAGCAGAAGCUUUCACAGUAAAUGAUAAACGUUUAUUGGACGUUAAAAUCCUAAAACUCUGUGACACGGUGAAAUCUGGAUCCAGGCAUCUGUGGUUUUAGUUUUGUGUAGAGGGUUGUGUUCUCUUGGUGUGUGAGUUGAAGCAAUCUUCAUGACAGUGUGUGUGUGUGUGUUUCUCAUUUUGUAUUGCCUGUUUAAUGUACAGUUUAACUUGACAAUAAAAAGGUCAUGGUUGGAACUUUAACAA